ACCGGGCGUUUUGGUCGCGACUCCAGAAAGUUCGCCCGACCGGGCGUUUUGGCGACUUAAAAUCGCCCGGUCGGGCGAUGUGUUCUGCGAAGAUUGAAUUGCUAUUAUUUCCGCCCCGGGUAUAAAAAGAGACCUAGGUUUUCGAUCUCAACACAUCAUACACGCCCAACAACAGUUCUUGAAGGUUUUGAGAGCUGAUUUGUGAGACAAGGAGUCCCAAUCUUCAACAAGAUUGAAGACGAAGACUAAUUGCCAUUCAAUCCAUCCUUGGGAGUAUUUUCAUUGGUUGUAUGCACACACGCUCUAGGGGUCUACCUUUAGAGCCUAUUGAUCUUGAGAUCGAAGCAUCCAACAGGAGGAGAAACGCUUUGAGAAGGCUAAAUCAAAGGAUCCGAGUCUCUUCUCCGGUCCAGAGACAAUCACCUUCACUGGUUCAAGAAUCACCGACACCUACUCCGUCACCAGUUCACUCCCCUAUUCAGUUUGAGCCACAUUCUCCUAUUCUGAUGGAGAACGUAGAGGGGAAUGAUGUUCCACCACCUCCUCCAACGAAUGCUCAGCUUCAACAACAACUCGAAGACCUGCAAAGGCAGUUAGAUCAAAGGCAAAAUGUGGUACCUGUCCAAAACAUGUAUGCCUAUCAUGGAGUGGCACACCCAACCGUUGGCAACAAUGUUAAUGCCAACACAUUUGAACUCAGGAGAGGAUUACUUCAGAUGGCUGAGAACAACGCUUUUAGCGGCCGACCCACAGAGGAUCUGAACAAGCACCUCACUAAAUUCAUCCAGAUCUGCAACACGACGAAGAUUAAUGGAGUCACAGAUGAACAGAUCAGAUUAAGGGUGUUCCCUUUUGCUCUGGAGGAUGAUGCCAAGGAUUGGUUAGACAGUAUGGAGCCAAACUCCAUUCGCACGUGGGAGGCCAUGGUUGAAAAGUUCUUAGAAAAAUACUACCCACCGAGUGAGGCAUUGAAGAGGCAGUCAGAGAUCAUUUCGUUUGAGAUGACUCCCCAAGAGAGUAUCCGAGGAGCUUGGGAAAGAUUCAAAGGAUUGAUGAAGAGGUGCCCCAACCAUGGGUUGAAUCCGACGCAUCAAGUCCUAGCAUUCUAUAGGGGGUGCCUGCCUGAAGCAAAGCGGGAACUAAAUUUGAGCGCAGGGGGAUCACUGCUAAAGAAGGGAGAAGCAGAGGCCAUGGAGGUGAUUGAGAAAGUGACCUCUAAUGAUGAAGGCUGGAACAACGAGAGGAGUAGAGUGCACAGGGUAGCCUCUGCCACAGAGAGCAACCAUAUAGACAACAUGUAUAAACAGAUGGAGCUCCUCCACAAGAAGAUAGAUCUCAUGGGGAUGGGACCAGCUAUACAGGAGCAGAAAGAGGGUGUAGAGGAUGUUAACUACAUACACCAAGGGGGCAAUAGCUACUAUAACAACUCCCGCCCUAAUCAAGGGGGUGGAGGUUACAACCAUUCCGGGAAUAAGGUGCAUCCAAAUCUAUCGUAUGGGAAUCCCAACAAUUCCCUGCAACCACCACCGGGGUUCACAGUUUCUCAAGGGAUGAUCACUGAGCUGCAAAAGAAAAGUUCAGAGGAUAUACUAAAUGAGUUCAUGAUACAGUCACAUAAGAACAUGGUGCAUACCAAUCAAAGGCUAGAGAAGGUUGAGAAUGAUGUCCACAGCAUGACAGUUCAUAUGAAGAGCCUAGAGACUCAGAUAAGCCAGAUUGCUCAAGCUGUGAGCAGUCAGCACAAGCCAGGGCAGUUCCCAGGACAGCCAAAUGUGAACCCCAAGGAUUGCAAGGCAAUCUACUUAAGGAGUGGGACAAGCUAUGAGAGUCCUCCUAUGCCCGAAGUGGAAGCUAAGGAAGCAGCCGACGAGAAAGAAGAAGAGAAGAUUGAGGUGGAAUCGCCUCCUAUGCAACCCGAGGUACAACCCGAGGCAAUUGUUUCCCCCACGCCGAAAGAGGUUAAAAUUCAUUUUCCUCAAGUGGUGCAAAAGAAGAAGUUGGACGAGAAGCUUGUUAAGUUCCUUGAAAUCUUCAAGAGAGUGCAUCUCAAUAUUCCUCUUAUUGAGGCUCUCCAACAAAUGCCUGGCUACCUCAAGUUUUUGAAAGAAAUUGUAUCCAAGAAGAAGAGGUUGGUUGAUUAUGAAACCGUGAAUUUGACCGAGAAUUGUAGUGCAAUCAUCCAACAAAAGAUGCCGGCAAAGAUGAAAGAUCCGGGGAGCUUCAACAUUUCUUGUGUGAUCGGGAAUGAUAGGCAAACUAAGGCAUUAUGUGACUUGGGGGCAAGCAUAAAUCUCAUGCCUUUAAGCUUCUUCCGGAAGUUGAAGUUUGGUGUCUUGAAGCCAACUACAUUUACCCUUCAAAUGGCGGAUAAAUCUGUCAAGUACCCGAAUGGACUCCUUGAGAAUGUAUUAGUAAGGGUGAAUGAUUUUAUCUUCCCCAUGGAUUUUGUUGUUUUGGACAUGAAGGAGGAUCCAAAUGUCCCUCUCAUCCUUGGAAGACCAUUCCUAGCAACUGGAAAAGCUCUAAUUGACGUCACUAAGAGAGAACUCACCCUUAGGCAUGGAAACAAGACGGUCAUUCUCUCCUUGUUGGACAAGAUGAAACGUCAUGAAGUGGAAGAGUCCAAGAGAGUGGAAGAGGUGCCCUUAAAAGUUGAAGAGUGCAAGAUGAUACAAGCGGCACAUGUAAGGGCUAGGGAUCCUUUGGAGGAAAUAUUUAUGCCUGAAUGGUUGUUUGAAGAUGAACAUGGAUUGGGGGGUAAAAAAAUGAAGGUUGCCAAAGUGGAAAUUGGAAUACCUAAAGAAGAUGUUGUUGGGGCCGAUGUGAAGCUCACUUGGUGGAAAAAGCGUCUACACAAGCUCUACUUGGCCGCUAAAGCGAAGAAGGGCCCCGAUGACAUUAUCCGAGUGAGAUUGAAUCAUUAAGUGAAAGCUUGAAGACCGUCGGGCAAACGACGUUAAACAGUUGCGCUAUGGGGGAGGCAACCCCUAGUAGGUAAAUUUUUUAUUUUUGUGUGUUUUGGUGUGUUUUUGUUUUGUUCUCGUUUUGGUGUGUUUUGUGUUUUCUUUGUGUUUUGAGUGGAACAGGGAAAUAGGCUUCGAUGGGUGAAAAACGACAUCAAUGUCCGUGGCCAGUGGCGCCUCUUCCUCGGCAGUGAAGGUACAUGAGAGAUCCACUAUCUUUCAAACUUAUCCCAGCUUUGCUUGGAAUAAGUUUGGGGGGGUGUCUAGUGGAUUUCUUCUUUUACCUCUCUCGAUUAGUGAAGUUUUCCUUGUGUGUGCUUUGUUAGUUUGUGUUGUUUCUUUUUGUAUACUUCCUUGGGUGAAAUUGAAUGGGAAGUUGGAGACAUUUGGAGAUGAAUUAAGUAGGUUUGUUGGAUGAAUUGCCUAUGAUGAGAACUUGCGUAAAAUGUUUGUGAAAACUUGUUGAUUUAGCUAAGUAACUCGUAUUUCCUUUUUGUGAUUUGCCUAGAGUGAAUUGCUCGUUGCUUUGUCAUAUGCCGAAAAAUACCAUGUGAGAAUUGAGCCAAUAUCUUUUUCCAAAAAUGUGUGAUUUUUCAUCAACUAUGUUAUAUGUUUCUAGAACUUGCUCGCGGUCUUCUUGAGUCUGCAUAGUGAUUAUAGGAAUAGGAGAGGACGUUAGGCCAUCCUUCUUAGCUACUUUUGAUAUCCACAUUUAUGACCUUAUUCAAUAUAUUUUUCCCUAGCUAGCCACUUUGAGCCUUUAAAGCCUUUUUCUUUGGAAGCUAAAUAAAAGGGAAUAUCCAUACACUCUUGGUGAAUUUUAGUUUAUAUUUUGUGAAAAGAGUUGGAGAGAUAAGGUAGAAAGAGAAGUAGCGCGUUUACUUGUAAAAAGUGCAUAGACAUCUUUGUUUGAAUGAAAGGAUUGGUUGUGCAUAAAAAAAAAGGGAAAGGAUGUAUAAAAAAAAAGAUCUUGAAAAGAAAAAAAUUAAAGGAACUGGGAAGUGAGAAGAAAUCUUGACAAAGUCUAGAAUUUACUGAGAUUCGAAUGGUUGGUGGGGUACUAAGUUUGAUGUAGUGAAAUUGAUCACUUUUGCUAUAAUUGGGUUUAGUCACUUUUUAGCCAAAUAUUUCCUCACCUUACCAAAGAGCCUUACAUUACAACCUUUAGAAAAGACCUUUCGGAUCCUAAAUCUGUAGUCACAACAUAGCAGAGGAGAGUCUAGACUUCGAGCAAGCUUAUGGUAAGCUAUACAUUUUUGAUUGAUUUGAGAGGUCCAUUUUAUACAUAUACACUUUGAGAGUGAGAGAAAGAAAAAAAAUUUAUCACACUAUAUAUCCUGUGAGGGCAAAUUGACAAAGUGGAAUACGUGCUAGUAGCAUGAAGCAAUGUUCAUUUUGGUGUACUAGUUUGCGAAGUUAUUGAUGCAUGAUAAUUCUGUUUUCUUUUACUGAGGCAGUGAUGACAAUCCAACAUAC